AUGCUUGUUAGCAUGGCCCUGCCAACGAGAUAUCAGAUCCGAGAAUAUCAGCAGGGCCACCUGCAUGAUGAUCGGCACGGCUCCCUGUUCGAGCGGCGGGGUAUAUUGAUGGCCGUACCCUGGGACUCUCCAAGUCUGUAUCUUUCCCCAGACUUUGCUGUCUGGCAUGCUGCAUGUCAUCCCAUGCGUCUGAUCGAGUCGACAUUCUCCUCUGGUAACUAUAAAGGACACGCCCACGACAACUCAGACUUUUCUUUCCCUUGCUGGUUGCACGAGAUCAAGCAGCAUUUAUGCAGGUUGGGACGGAGUAACGUGUCCGUCCUGCAGUAG